GAUAAUGUUAAUCCCCCUCCCUUUUUCCCUGAUUUAUCUAAAGUUUGCUCCAGUCUUGGAAACUGACUUAAUCUUUCCCCCUCUUACUUGGAGGAGGGAUCAAUACAAAGAUUUAACAUUUUGAAUCACCCAAAAUUUUUUGGGGGGGAAUUUUUGGAUCUUUUCCCUCCCACCUAGAGGAGAGAAUGAAGCCCACAGACAUCUCUCAAACCACACUUUUUAAUCCCUUAACUUUAGCUACCAUGACCAAAAGCAGCCCAUGGAUCCAAUGAGCCAGUUCUCCUGGGGUUGGAGCUAUCAUUUCAAAAUCACAUCUGACCCUCACAACAAACAUCAUUUCAGCUGCUGUUUCAUGCCACAGAUGGCCAUGUGGCCACUGGGCAUUGAAGGUUUAUCCUAGGUUUCAUCAAGUCAGCUGAGUUUGACAGUAUUCCUCUCUGCCAGAUUUAGAGACAGGCCUUGGCUGUUUUGAAUCACCUCUCCAUGGAGCACAGAGAUGAUGAUGAUGAUGAUGUGUCUUUUGCCAAGUGGAUGAGCAGCUUCUGGGGUCACAGCUGGAUAGAGGAGGAUGAGAGAGGACUCCGGGCCUGCCGAGGAGCACAGGACACCAGUUACAGGAAAGCUUCCCUGACCUGCCCAUUUCCUGUGCUUCCCAGAGUCACAUCAUAUGACAGCCAUCCUAGAAGGCAUUCUCAUGAGGACCAGGGAUUUCGAUGUCGUAACCACAUGAGGGAUUACAGAAAACGCUCAGAGGAUGGGCCCUUCAAGGACCCACUGGAAUCAAACAGAAGAUCCCAUUCCAAAACUCGGGCAUUUUCAGAGUCCUUUGAACAACAACUGUGCUUUAGAACCAAACGCUCCCUGUCUUUGGGACCUGAGAGCAGGAGGGAAAGAAAUGAAAGAGAAAGCCUGCGGAUGGAGACGAGAUCCGGGGAGAAAGCGGAGGAAAGAGGGAGCUCCAGGAAGGAAGAGCAUGGGGAGGCACACACGGUUCCUCUCUCGGAGAAGGGACCCAAGUAGGACUUUGUUUCCACACCAGGACGACAGAUGGCGCUGCGUUUUUUGAGUUCUGUGUACUACGCUGGGGGUGGUAGCUGCGAAAAACUGUCUGCGACGCUGAGGGAUGGAAGUGGGCGCUGGUUCCACUGCUCCCCAAGAAGACUGCAUCAUUCUCCAGCUCUGGCAUCUGAGUUGAGAGUUUGAUCUGCGUUGUUGUCCUUUUAUGAGAAUCCUAUAUAAUAAAAGGCUAAUAUGCAAAUUGUCCCCUCAACCAGGAGUUCCACCAGGGGGUGGGGUGGCUGGCCAACCGCUGGUGGCCCCUCCCCCACCAUUGGCCCUGCCCCCUAUCAGCCCCCUUCACCCCGUUUGAGGCGGGCCAGCUCCCAACCUCCCACAUCCCCUCCCCCCAGCUGGCUGGCCUGAUUGGCCCCGAUUGGGGCACAUGGGCCAGACCCCAGCUGUACAUGAAUUUGUGCACCAGGCCUCUAGUAAGAAGGAUGAAAGGUAUUUUAAUAGAAUAAAGUAAUUCUUGAAAAUGUAAAGACAGAUAUUUAAAGAGCCAUCCACACUUCUUCACCAGUCCUUCUUCACAUCAAUAUCACAAAUAAUCUUAAAAGUCAUUGGUGUGACUCUAGGUUUACUUCCUUAUUAGAAGUAAUUAUGUAAGUACUAGAAGCCUGGUGCACAAAAUCUGUGCAUGGGUAGGGUCCCUAGGCCUGGCCGGUGAUCAGGGCCGAUCUGUGGAAUGACUGGUGAGGUGAUCAGGGUCCCCUGAUUGCACCCACCUUGGCCGGCCUGGUGCUGCCCACUUGCUGGCCCUGCCCCCUACCGCUGUGGCUGCCGGUCGUCUCCUUUUGCGGGGCAACUGGCAGGGCCAUUGGUGGGCCCCCGUUUGUACCUGCCUUGGCUGGCCUGGGGCCUGCGGGCUGGAGGCAGCUCCUGCAUUGAGCAUCUGCCCCCUGGUGGUCAGUGUGCAUCAUAGCGACCGGUCGUUCUGCCUGUUGUUCUGCUGUUUAGUCGAUUUGCAUAUUAAACUUUUAUUAUAUAGGAUGUCUAAUGGCCAGUGUUUAAUAAGGACUGGUAGUUAACAUGCCAAGUACUAGGCUGAGGUCAUAUAUUUAUAUUUUUAUUGAUUUCAGAGAGGAAGGAAGAGGGAGAGAGAGAGAUAGAAACACCGAUAAUGAGAAAGAAUCAUUGAUCGGCUGCCGCCUGCAUGCCCCUCACCAGGAAUCCAGCCCACAACCUGGGCAUGUGCCCUGACCAGGAAUUGAACUGUGACCUCCUGGUUCAUAGGUUAACCCUCAACCACUGAACCACUAGGCUGAAGUCUUUAAUGCAUUACCUAGAACAAUUCUCAGCACUCUAAGGAGGGACCUCUUCUCUUCACUUGCUGGCUGAGGAAACUGAUGUUUAGGAAACUUCAGGCCCUCACAGGUGUGGUGGCCGGGCUAGGAACAGAGUCCAGUUCAUUCUGACUUGUGCUCCUACCCUGAGGCAGGGCCUCCAUUUCCCCUUAUCAGUGGGUCCUUUCGCAGUACUUGAGAACUGAGCAGGAGUGGGAGGAGGUUACCAUUUUGAUUACAUGAGUGGAGACUGAUUCUCUGAGGUCUGCUGUGUGUUCUUGGUUGUACCUUUAUGUGGUUAUUCUUUACCAUUUAUUUAUUAAUUAGUUUUUUUAAAAAAUAUAUUUUAUUGAUUUUUUACAGAGAGGAAGGGAGAGAGAUAGAGAGUCAGAAACAUCGAUGAGAGAGAAACAUCGAUCAGCCGCCUCCUGCACAUCUUCUACUGGAGAUGUGCCCGCAACCCAGGUACAUGCCCCUGACCGGAAUCGAACCUGGGACCCCUCAGUCCGCAGGCCGACGCUCUAUCCACUGAGCCAAACCGGUUUUGGCUAAUUAGUUUUUUAAAAAAUAUAUUUUUAUUGAUUUCAGAGAGGAAAGGCGAGGGAGAGAGAGAUAGAAACAUCCAUGAUGAGAGAAUCAUGGAUCGGCUGCCUCUUGCAAGUCCCCCACUGGGGAUCGAGCCUACAACCCGGGCAUGUGCCCUUGACUGGAAUCAAACCUGGGACCUUUCAGUUCAAAGGCUGACACUCUAUCCACUGAGCCAAACCGGCUAGGGCUAUUAAUUAGUUUUAUCCUACAUAAUAAAAACCUAAUAUGCUAA